UCAAAUCCAACACUUAUACAAACUCUUCCUCCUCUCAAAUCUCACCCCCAAAUCCCAAUCAUGGAAGACCCGAAACUCAACAUUGAGGAAUUGAACGACACCGUUUCGUUCUCCGAUUUCCCGGAAGACGUCCAGCUCUGCAUCCUCUCCUUCCUGACCCCACCGGAGAUCUCCAGCUUCGCCUGCACCUCCAAACGGUUCGUUUCGCUGUGCAAGAACGACGGCAAGCUCUGGUUCUCCAUGUGCGACCGCCGCUGGGGGUCGCGGACGCAGAUCAAGAAAUGGGGCGGCGGCAAAAUCGCCUACCGGAAUCUCUACCAGACUCUAUCCCGGUGGGAGAAUCUCAUCGGGUUCUGGCGCCAGGGCGGCCAGGCGACUUCUCCGCCGUUGAUUUUCUUCGAGUGGGGCCCUUCGUUCCUCGCCGGGUCACGUGUCUCUCCGGCCAAGGACGGCGGCUACGGCGUGGUCAAGGCGCCGUUUCUGUGGAUGAGCCUCUCGCCGGAGGGCCAGGUUGUGAACUUCCUCGACCCGGAAGGCCGGGCCGAGAUUUCCGCGGAGGAGUUGAGCUCCGGCAGGGCGAAUUUCUCCGACAAGGAUUUGGUGCCGGUGAACCUGAGCUUGAUGGGGAAGACUCAUUUUGUUGUGGAGGAAGAUAUGAGCUUUAGAAACGGAGCUCGGCCGGGUUCGAGUGCGGCGGUGAGCAUUGAAGGUGGGAUUGGUGAGGAGUUGAUUGGAUACGAGAGUGGGUCCCCUGGGACGUCGCCGAGCUCGCCCUCGGAGAUUUAUCAGUACUUUGCGAACCGGACGAGCCCCGGUGGGGAUAGGGCGUCGAGGAGGCAGAGGAGGAGAGAGAAGGAGAAGCAGCUGAGGAGGAAGUUGGAGUCUCAGCAUUUUGUUAAGAUUGUUGAUUGCUCGCCGACGCCCGCCAGGCCUUUGCAGGGCCUCUGGAAGGGAAUUUAUGAUGAUAUGAACUUGGGAUUUUACCUUGUUGCAUAUGAUGACAUUGGGGGCAUUUCCUGCCAAAAGGUUUGCGACUCAUCUGGUCACUAUUGCAGUUCCACUCGGGUUGUCCGUCAGCACCCAGUCUUUUGGACAACAGACCCUACUUUUUCUGAGUCUCCAUUUCUGCCGGAGGAAGAAAAUUUAUAUAAUAGUCGCAUACAUCUUCGGCCAAAUGCGUCAGCAGAUCACAUUCACCAGCUCACCGGAAUUGAAGUGGUCUCUCACAUUCUUUGCAUUGACUUAAGUUAUGAUCUGGCUGUUCCAUAUAUGAUAAGAACUACCACAAACCCAGUGCAGGCACAAGGAAGGGUUUGGCAGUACAGGGACGGAACAUUCGGAUUUGGGUUUCUUCAAGACAGUUUUAUCAGGGACUUGAAGCAUGUUGCCGAGAAUGGUUGUCUUCUUGAUAUCAUGUAGCCUUUAGCUUGCAGUAGACUAGUAGUGUCAUUGAUCUACACUACUUUGUCGAAUUUGUUAUUUUUCUGUACAGACACCAACUUUAGCUGGGUGCCACUCUGCUCUGUGGCACUGUACAAUAUUUAUUUUACACACAGUAAUAAGAAUGCUGGGAUCACUUAAUCAGUGAUCUGUUCAAUUA